AGUAAUUUAGAGUGUUAGGAAGUUUUUCUAAAGAGAUUAGUCUUUAAGAAACAAGCUGUUAAAGUUAAUGUCUGAGUACAACUUGUCCUCAUCCGUCCAGCCUGAAGAACACAUGAGUUUGUGACUGGAAGUGGCUUCGCUCUCUGCGCCCUGACGCACGGCACAGGUGCGCACCAGCCAAGCUUGACGCGUUUUUUUUUUUUUUUUGCUAAGACACCGCAGUCCUCCUGAGUGAAGCCGCCAUGGAGAAAUCAAGAAACUUCAGAAUUGACGCUCUGCUCGCUGAUGAGACAAACCGGGGGAGCCGAGACAUCUCCCCGGGUCUAAGCAGCGACAGCCCUGCAGGUAGCCCGGUCUCCUGCCGCCGUGCUGACACCCCGUCUCCGCGGGCUGUACAACUUCAGACCGGAAUAAUCCCCAAACAGGGUAUCCUAAAUCUCCCGCAUCCAGGACUUGCUUCAAUUCCCGGCAUGUAUCCUGCACCCAUGUACCCUUUAUCGGCGUUGGGUGGCCAGCACCCUGCGUUCGCAUACACCGGCUUCACACAACUAACACAGACUUACCCAGAGCACCUGAAGGCGGCUGCCAUGGCGGGAUCUCUGCCCCUGGAGCACUGGAUCCGCGCUGGGAUCAUGAUGCCACGACUGCCAGAUUACAGCUCGGGCCCUCAGUCUGGUCUGUUGGGGAAGUGCCGGAGGCCCCGCACUGCCUUCACCAGUCAGCAGCUGCUGGAGCUGGAGAACCAGUUUAAACUCAACAAGUACCUGUCCAGACCUAAACGCUUUGAAGUGGCCACCUCACUCAUGCUGACUGAAACACAGGUCAAGAUCUGGUUCCAAAACCGGAGGAUGAAGUGGAAACGCAGCCGGAAGGCGAAGGAGCAGGCCACCGCCUCAGCCCAGUCUGACUCACAGCGACUACGCAGUGGAGGUAAAACGGCCACCGACAAAUCCGAUGAGAGCAGGCGAGCUGUGAAUCCAGACGACAGGGGGAUAGAUCUUGAUUUGGAGGAUGGAGAAGAUGAGGAAGAAGAAGAGGAGGAGGAGGAAGAAGAAGAAGAAGAGGAAGCCCAGCAUGGUUUUCCUGUUGGGAUGCCCCGAUCCAUGGACUUCUUGCAGCGUAGCACUGAUGUUGGCUACAAUCCCCACAGCCCAUUCUCUGAUGAUGAGCUGGAGGGGGUGCAAGUAGGAGGAGGUGACAGGAAGAUCGGGGCAGGACUGUGAAAAGACACCCAGAGACAUUACUGAGACAUUACACUGGGAUGUGUCUGUGUUUGUGGUCACUAGAGAAGACAAUAUUCAAACCUAAAGAUCUUUGUCUCGUCUGCUCUGUGAAUGUUUAUGUGCUCCAAUCAGGACAUUUGUUGGAAUCACUUAUUAUUCACACAGCCAACAAACACACACAGGAUUAUGACACAAACACACUGUACAAACUAUCUAUGGAUAAAAUCAUCUCGUAGCAUGUUUAAAAAAAAAGAAAAGGUGCUCAUUUCCUCCACAGAUUUAGCUGUUUUCAUGGCCGUCCGUCAGUCAUCUUCUGGUCGCCUUGUCUUUGCUCCAUCCACUGAAAGUUGGACUACCCGGUGAACACACAUGACUACGUGAAUGAAGAAUGUGAAAUAAGGCAAGUGAAGUGUGGUGCGUUCAGACAGCAUGAGAAUGUACAGUAGGUGCAGCUUUCGCUGCAUCGUGAAGACAAAAAGACUCAAGCUGUUGAGACCGAAGCGAGAACAUCCCAUCCCUGUAUUCCAUUUACUUUAGUGCAUUUUAUGUAUGUGAUGAUGUUUUUUAUGUUCUUUGACGAUGUUUAUGAAUUUGUUCUUGUCACUCACGUGUAACUUAAUUUAUUUGAAAUGAUCGCAAAGAUGAAUCAUAUGUGUAUUUAUCUGAAACUCAUUUGUGGUGUAACUGUGAAAUUUAAGAGAAAAAUGACGGCAAAAAAAAAAAAUAAAUAAAAAAAAUUAACUGAGAAAUGAUUGUUUCAAUGUUACUGUCCCAUUGAAUAAAUAAAUAAAACAAAUUGUGGGAAUGACAUGAAAAGAGCAGCCAGAUAUGAGACAUUAGACCAAUGACAACUGUCUGCACCAUCCUGAGCCACGUUUUUGUUUGUUUGUUCAGAUUAAGAGUCUCCCAUGCAUCCCAUGAGUUCUUUCCCUAGUACAUGGAGUAAGGCAUAAGGACUACAUCACUCAAAUGUGCAU